UUUGUUUCCCGCAAUUUCAACCACACCAUUCUUUCAAUCUACGACUCACUCCCUAACGUUGGGAUGAAAUCUGAUCUCCUUCGCUACCUUCUCCUGGACAUUGAGGGUGGCGUUUAUUCCGAUACUGAUACUGUUGCUCUGAAGCCAGUUGAUGACUGGAUUCCCGAAGAGUUUCGGAACCGGACACGGCUUAUUGUUGGUAUUGAAUUUGAUCAACGUGACGGGGUCAGUUGGGCCGACAUAUCACACCGGGUACAAUUUUGUCAGUGGACUAUUGCUGCAUCGCCAGGUCAUCCUGUCUUCCAAAAGAUGGUAGCCCGUGUGGUACGGUCAUGGGAAGACAUGGUCAAUCUGCACGGUCCGGCAUGGGAGGCAUCAAGUUUCGAGGUUAUGAACACGACAGGUCCAGCAGCAUGGACAGAUGCGGUCUGGGAAUAUCUGCAAGAGACCGAUAACACCUUGACAGCCCUGAGGAACCUGUCAUAUAUGGGUUCGCCAAGAUUAUAUGGCGACGCCUUGGUUCUACCCAUCGAUGGAUUUGGCAUGGGGCAGCUACAUUCAGCUAGUACCAACGAUGGAAGCAUCCCUGAUGGAGCAUUGAUCAAACACUUAUUUGGGGGUUCUUGGAGAGGGGAAUAG